AUGAGGUUUUGUCCUUAUCCAAUGAGGUUGAUGAAGUAUUCCUCCCUAUCCUCAUAAACAUGUCAUUAUGGAAGUGUUAAUUCAAUUUGUUACUCUCCUGAUGGUACUACAUUAGCAUCUGGUAGUGGAGAUAAUCUAUCCGAUUAUGGGACGUUAUUACAGGAUAAUAAAAAGCCAAAUUAGAUGGUCAUUCAUAUGCUGUUAAUUCAAUUUGUUACUCUCCUGAUGGUACUACUUUAGCAUCUGGUAAUCCUUUUAUGGGAUGUUAAGACAGGAUAAUAAUAAGCCAAAUUAGAUGGUCAUUAAUAAGCAGUUUAUUCAAUUUGUUACUCUCCUGAUGGAAAUACAUUAGCAUCUGGUAGUGAUGAUCACUCUAUCCGUUUAUGGAAUCUUAAGACAGGAGAAGAAAUCGUCUCGUCAGAAAAUCGAUAUAAAAACAUUUUAGCAUAAUUUUAAACUCCAAUUUUUUAUAACAACACGAUUGAGAAUAUGGUAUUAAUUAUAUAUGAUUAUUUAGUUUCACCGAUUAUCACUAUUCUUCUAAUAUCGCAAUAGCUUAUAUUUUAAUCUUAAGGAGCUCUAAUUUUGAGAGGAGAAUUUAGUAAUCAAUUGGGCAUCGACUUGAGGUCUUUAUUUAAACAAAGAGGAAGUAUCAUUUUAGAGAACGAUAUGAAAUUAAAUAAACGAUGA